AUGGUACCCCUCCGCAUCGGUGUCCUCCUCGUGGAUUCCGUCCAGCUCCUAGACCUAGCAGCAGUGGACCUAAUCUUCAUGGCAACACCCGAAUACAUCGAAGAGAUAGGAAUGCCGAAACCACUCCAAGAAUUAGGUCGACCGUGCGAAAUCCACUAUAUCGGCCGUGACGGUCCCAACGCCCACUCCUCAGUGACAUCGCAAAUGUCUCUCCGCCUGACAGACUCCUUAACCGACGCAGCCGUGGCACCAGGAAACCUCGAUCUCCUCUACAUACCCGGACCUCCGCCGAAAUCCAUGCCCCCCCCGAUCGAAUACCUCGACUUUGUCCGUGAACACAACGCAGCAGCUACGACGAUCAUGACAGUCUGCACGGGCAUCUUAGUCGCCGCCCACGCAGGAAUCACCAAAGGAAAGACAGCAACAGCACCACGCUUCCUAAUCCCACUCCUGAGAAAACAGUUCCCCGAAACGACGCUAUGGAGUGACGCACUGCGUUUCACCAGUGAUGGAAACCUGUGGACUAGUGGCGGCAUUACAAACGGCCACGAUAUCGUCGCUGCAUAUCUAUACGCUACAUACCCGACCCCGCUCGUCAAUACUAUCCUCGCCGUCGCUGAUAUUGCACCCCGUCCGGCGGAGUAUCAGACCACACCCUUUGGCGAUACGAUGUACGUCCUGGGUCAGAUCAUUCGAGCGAUUCCGAGCUUGAUUGCGCAGUUAUUCACCAAGUGA